AUGCCACGAUCAAGGACUGGUUGUCUCACCUGUCGCCAAAGGAAGCUCAAGUGCAGCGAAGAGAAGCCAGUAUGCGCACAGUGUAUCAAGGCCAACCGCACAUGUGUGCCAAGCUCAGGCAUCACCUUCCGGCACCAGCAGAACCCAUCUCUGAACGGCGUGGGCAUCGGUGAGAGUGGCCUCAAACGCUUUUACGGCUACAAAGAAACAUUCGACAAGGACGUGACGUGGGUUUCUGUACCGCGUGAUCUGAAGUUCGUAAACACAAUCAACCCUUACGACGAUGACGAUGAGAGUCCAACGCCAGAGACCAAUUCUUUCGAAAGCCGCGAUUACAGGCAGGCGGACGUGCCGUUGGUAGACGACAAUCUUGCCGAGCGUCUGGCUUUACUCGCAAAUAAUGCUUCGCGGCUCUCGGAGGACAGACGAUCGGCUUAUCCCGCUUAUGCUACGCAAGGGCUAGAGGCUCUUAGCAAUGCCGCAAGCCAGGAUCCUUGCAGUUACGUUGUUCCAACGCCAAAUAUGAGCCGAGAUGUGAGAGAUGCUUCGCAACAGCCUCCCCCCUCGCUCUCAGCAAGCUGGUAUGACCAGCACGCUCUUAGCCACGCACGAAGCGAACCUGUCACUACACGCCACCAUAGUGCCACCGACAAAGCGCCUGACGGUAACAUCGAUCCACGAUUGGACUCCCAUGUACGUAGCCCAUCGUACAUUAACGCCUUUAGCAGGCCCAGCUCACGUUCCAAAGGGUCCCUCUCCUACGGCUCCUGCAUCUACGAACCGGAACUAGCUUUCUUGCUGCGAGACUUCUCAGAGCGGGCGGGGAGAUGGAUGGAUCUGUUCGACCAUCGCUUGUUCUUUGCUACAAGGGUGCCGGAACUUGCUACACAGUGCCCACUACUGCUCUACGCAGCGGUCGCAUGUUCGGCGAAACGCUUGGCUCGGGUCUAUGGUGGAAGUUCCGUUGGUCUGAUCUCAUCCAGUAGGCGAAGCGGAAACGAGAGCUGGCCCAGUCCGCUCCUGAGCGCGCAAGGCUGGUCGCGCAAAGCCUGCGAGUACUACGAUUUGGCAGUAUCGCUUGUCCGGCAAGCACUUGCGGGAGUGACACGGCCACCAACAUUAUCGCUGCCCCAAGCCAUAUCACUAGACGCAGUAAGCACUGCACAAAGCGUUUCGCUACCUUCGAUUGAGUCAGAUGAGGUUUUCGCCGCAACCGCCAUACUCUGUGUAUACGAAUUCAUCGAUACUUCUACCUUCGAGUGGAGUCGUCACCUUGACGGUGCAAAAUCACUUUUCGACAUUGCGAACGACAGCGUGGUGCCACUAAAUUUACCUCUAUCGCCAGUGUCCGUAGCCCAGCAAGCUUUUCGCCAAUCGGAUCAUCAAUCAAGCAUCACCGUAGCACCACCUCGAACCUCUAGCCAAGCUCGUCGAGCUGUCUUCUGGAAUUUCGCAAGGCAAGACAUGCUGCAUGCCUUCAUUAACAAUCACGUCACACGCCUCGAUACUUCGGACUUGGAAAUGUGGCGGAUUGCAGGUUUGAAGCUGACCGCAGAUGGUUUCGUCUGUCCUUCGAAGCCACAGCACCCGGACUACACGGCCGAGAAUGCUAUGCCCGACGAUCUUAUAUCAAACGCACUGAUCUGGCUUUUGCAGAAGCUCGUCAACUUCAUCGCAGCUGGGGAUGAUGUUCCUGAAGCUCUAUCUCCCAAUGGCCUCGGAAUGCGGCAGCAGGAGCUCCUCGAGUACUGGAAAAGCUUGGAUGAGCAGCUACGGGCGUGGUAUGAAGGCUUGCCGGAUAGCUUCCGACCUGCUGCCGUUACCCAGUCGAAGACGAGCCACUACGGGAUCCUUAACAUGGAGGAGAGAUGGUUUGCACGCCCCAUGUGUGCCAGCACGAUGCAAAGCUACCAUUUCGCACGGAUCCAGCUCUUGCACAACAAGCCUCAUCUCUCUACCGGUGCUACAUCUGCACUGGGGGCGCUCGACUUCCGCGCAACGUCGCUUGCGGCCCGCCAUGCAUCGUACGCCACGAUCCUCGAGCACUCACGUGCGCACGCUAAGGAAAUUAUGAGCAUUGCUCUCGGUGGUACUGAUGAAGCUGCACUUGUCCACUCCGUGCAACCGUUGUGGACGGCUGGGCUUGUCCUAGGUAACGCAAGCUGGCGCAGGAUCAUCAUUACCCAACUAAGAGCAAUCGAGAAGGAUACGGGCUGGGCCAGCGACUACCGCGUGCAGAACUUGCUCGAUCUCUGGCAAUUGCCGCCAAAUUGGCCAGGCGAUGUUGGGUGA